UGGAGGGAGAACUGCGCAGUGAUUGGCCCAGGAGCCCGCCAGUUUCGGCUAAGCUCAGUGGAGUUUUGCUGUUAAGACUGCGCGAGGAGGUAGAGAGAGCAGAGUGCGCCGAGCCGGGCAGCACCCGCCGAGCCAUGGAAAAAAGUACAUCUCCUGGAAGGAAUGCUUCUUAGCUGAGCUCUGGUGGAUGAGAGGAGCUAGCCUUGGAAAACUUGAUACUGAUGGACAUUGUGUGGGCCAGAGGCAGGGAUGGUUGGCUAUGAUCCCAAACCAGAUGGCAGGAAUAACACCAGGUUCCAGGUGGCAGUGGCCGGGUCUGUGUCUGGAUUUGUCACUCGGGCGCUGAUCAGUCCCUUCGACGUCAUCAAGAUCCGUUUCCAGCUUCAGCAUGAGCGCCUGUCUCGAAGAGACCCCAACGCAAAGUACCAUGGCAUCCUCCAGGCCAUUAGGCAGAUUCUGCAGGAGGAGGGGCCAACAGCUUUCUGGAAAGGACACAUCCCAGCCCAGAUUCUCUCCAUAGGCUAUGGAGCUGUCCAAUUCUUGUCAUUUGAAAUGCUGACGGAGCUGGUUCACAGAGGCAGCGUGUAUGACGCCCGGGAGUUCUCAGUGCACUUUGUGUGUGGUGGCCUGUCUGCCUGUAUGGCCACCCUCACUGUGCACCCUGUGGAUGUUCUGCGUACCCGCUUUGCAGCUCAGGGUGAGCCCAAGGUUUAUAACACACUGCGCCACGCCGUGGGGACCAUGUAUAGGAACGAGGGCCCCUUGGUCUUCUACAAAGGCUUGACCCCCACCUUGAUCGCCAUCUUCCCCUACGCCGGGCUGCAGUUCUCCUGCUACAGUUCCUUGAAGCACAUGUAUGAGUGGGCCAUGCCAGCCGAAGGAAAGAAAAAUGAGAACCUCAAAAAUCUGCUUUGUGGCAGUGGAGCUGGUGUCAUCAGCAAGACCCUGACAUAUCCCCUGGACCUCUUCAAGAAGCGGCUACAGGUUGGAGGGUUUGAGCACGCCAGAGCUGCCUUUGGCCAGGUGCGGAAAUACAAGGGCCUCGUGGACUGUACCAAGCAGGUGCUGCAAGAGGAAGGUACCCUGGGCUUCUUCAAGGGCCUGUCCCCCAGCCUGCUCAAGGCUGCCCUCUCCACGGGCUUCAUGUUCUUCUGGUAUGAAUUCUUCUGUAACGUCUUCCACUGCAUGAACAAGACAACCAGCCAGCACUAAGGGCAGGAAGGACCCCAGGUCUCCCUGGAGGCAGCCUCCUAAAGGAAGGAAGACUCAGUCUCCACUGAGAGGUGCCACCUUGGCCUUUCCCUGCCGCCUAGCUGCCCUGAGCAGCGUGGCGACCUUGAACCCAUCCAGCUGGGACACGACCAGAAGGUCCAGGGCAUUCCCAGUGAGAGAAUCAGAGGGAAUGCAGGACGUGGGCUGUGGUGAACCAACGAUCCAACGAUGUCGUGAGAAGGAGCAUGAAGUUGCCGUUUCUCCUCUGACCAGCCCACACUCCAAAGGAAACAGACACCAUCCUACACCCGUCAGCCAGAACGCAACACUCCUGGUCUGGAUGGGGCUGCAGCUGGAGUGCAGAGGGCUGUGCUAGGGCCUCUGCAGGAGUCAGGGCCUCACACUUGGCCUGUUUUUCCCAACCUAUUUAAUAGACAUUAAAGCUAAACGUACAUUCCUUAUCUUA